AUGUCCAUGUACUCUACGGGAGGCAAUAGCGGUCUUUAUGCACGCCCCAUGCCAAAUCAGCAGUAUUCGCAACUCGAUUCAAAGCCGGCCUAUUCUUCAGCAUGGACUCUACCUUAUUCAGAAGACACGUCGCCGGUUGACGCCUACCCUCUCGAUCAGCCACCCGCAUAUCUACCACAGUCUACAGCAAUCGCAAAUACAAACAUGUACGCACCUGCCUAUCGCUGGACUCAGCCAACUGCGAAGUCUUUGCAGCAAGGAAGCACAUACUUUGAUCAGGACUUACAAUUCGGUCAUCCAAAUGGUCAACUAGCCACACCUUCGGACGUAUCGCCUCUGAAUACCGGAAUGUCUUCUCUGCAAUUGACUAUCCCUGAGAGACCCCAUCCACGACAACCUCUCCCUAUGGAUUCCAGUGUGCCUAGGAGACAACUACCAAUGCCACAACCGAGCCCGGCUCAGAGCAGUCAUGUUGUAGACCAGAUGCAAGAUGCUCGUCUCCGCUCGGCCCAGGCUAUUGGCACUUCGGGCAUGGACGGUAGAGGCUCUUUCGCGAAAUCCUUACUACCGUGGACUACCGACAGCGAGAGUCACGCCAACGCAUCCGGGGCGGCAUCUGCAGAUGCCUUUACGCAACUAAUAUCCCCGGUCAUGCCAGACAACGCGGAGAGCAGGAUGAGCUACAUGCCAAAUACAACGUCGACCGCGGACGAUGCGACUGCAACCACCGCUGCUUCUCAGCUAGAGCUGAACUUCAGUACAUCUGGUCUUCUCGAAGGCAUGAGUGCGCCAGCUCCAGCGACAAACUACUCCUACGUCCGUGAGACACGCCCAAUGACACGACCAGCCUCACAGACGAAUCUAUACAGCUACAGCCCUGACUCGUCGUCAAAGCGGAACUCGCUGAGUGGCGAGUCAUCGAGCGAUUGCACACUUGUCAGUGGUCAUCGCUACACACCUCUCAGCCACAGCCAAACACGAAGCUCCCCAGGAAAUCGCAGCUUGCAUCGCGAGUCGUGCCAGAAUCGGAACAUGCAGCCUGUGCAGCUCCACCGCACCUCGAUGGGAAACCUCAACAGCACUUACUGA